AUGCUUCAAGCUAAUUUUCUAACUGAUUGUCCACCAGAUAGUAUUGAAUGGUGUCCUGUACGUCAAGAUAUAUUUGCUUGUGGUACAUAUUUAUAUAAUCCAGAAACGACGACAAGAGCAGGUUCAAUAUAUUUAUUUCAAUAUAAUUCAACAACAAAAACCAUUGAUACUAUACAACAUCAAACAACAGAUGGAAUACUUGAUUUAAAAUGGAUACAAUGUUCAUCGGAUUCAACAUUUCUUUCAACAGUUACUGCACUUGGACAAUUAUCUUUAUAUUCAUUAAAUGAUUUAACUAAACCUAUUAUAUGUGAAAAUGUUACAAAUGAUCAAACUAUAGCAUUAGCACAAUCAUGGUUACAUCUAACAAAUAAUUAUGUUGUUGUUAGUGAUCAUCAUGGUUAUUUAACAAUAUGUGAAUUAGAUAAUACAAAUGGUUUACGUUUUAGUCAAUCAUG